UAAGCAAAGAUAAACCCUUCGACCGGUAUCUUUUUUCCCCGUUCCUCAUAUACUUUGGUGUUAGGGCAUAGGGUCCUCUUUCACCCUCUCUAUCUCUCUCGCUUCCUCUAUAUUUUCCCAAAUCCUUUUAUACUAAGGAUUCCUAAUUCGAUCCCAAAUCCUUUUAUACUAAGGAUUCCUAAUUCGAUCCCAAAACCCUUUAUCUCUACUCCGCGCAAUCACUCUUGCGAGGUAAUACACUUGUUAUUCCUUAUUUUUUACUUAAUAUAUCGGAAUAAACCACCCAUCUCUUCAUAUCCCAAUCGUUUUGAUUGGUUUUUUUUGAAAAAAAGUUACGAUCUGGGUUCUUCUCCGAAUCCCUAUCUGGGUACCUUUUGUUUUUCUCAAUUUCGAUUAUUUUGCUGCGAUUUUGCUUCGUUUUUGGAUUGGCUUCCCGUGAAGAUCGCAGUUUUGGUUCUGUAGAUUAUUUUUUAUUUGAAUUUAUUCAAUUAUUCGGGGUUGGGGAUUGGGGAUUGAUGGGGAAGAGGGUGAAACCGAAGGCGCGAAACCCUCGUAAAGCGCAGCCGCAAGCGGCAGGUAGAUCUGCUCAAGCUAUUUCGGAGCCGAAAGAUCCGAAGAGCGAAGUAGGGGAUGAGGAAGUGAAGGAGAAAGAGCAAUGCAAUCACUUCACUAAGGAUUCUUCUCAUCUGAAUCAAGUUUUAUUAGGGAUGUUGUCGUCGAAGGAUGUCGCGGCGUGUGAGCAUUGUAGGGAAGAGCCCAGUGGUAGUAGGAGAGGGAACAAGGAGAAGGGGAAGCAGAGUAAGAAGAAAGGAGGGGGAGGAGGUAAGUAUUCCGAGGCGAAAUCGGAAUCCCAAUUCAUAUGGGUUUGUUUGGACUGCGGCCGCUCGUUCUGCGGCGGCACGGCGAGUGCUUCUGAGCCGUACGGCCACGCCCGCCGGCAUGCGAAACAAGAGCGCCAUUCGUGGGCCGUUCGGUCCGACAGCCCGAGCAUCGCCUGGUGUUUCCCGUGCGACUCGGAGAUCCCAAUCGAGAUCCCAGAGGAGGAAAUCCCUAAGUUGACGGUUGUUGAUAAGGCGUUAGAACCUGGAGCUGAUACUCUGAAGUUGAGUAAUUCGAAAGGGUACGUAAUUAGGGGGCUUUCAAACCUUGGAAACACCUGCUUCUUCAAUUCAGUGCUGCAGAAUCUCCUUGCCAUUGAUAAGUUGAGAGAGUACAUGGUGAACUUGGAUUGGACUAUCGGGCCGCUCACUAUGGCAUUGAAGAAACUCUUUAUAGAAACGAGCAGUGUAGAUGAUUCCAAUUCGAAGGCUGUAUUAAGCCCUAAAAAUCUUUUUGGGGGUAUUUGCGCGAAGGCCCCCCAGUUCAGGGGGUACCAACAGCAGGACAGCCAUGAAUUGCUCCGAUACUUGCUCGAUGGUUUGUUUAUGGAAGAAACAUCCGCACGGAAAUCACCGGAAUCUUCGGUGGAACAAGAGCAGAAGAAUGUUUCUAUUUUGGAAAGUACUACCAUGGUGGAUUUCUUUUUCGGGGGGCAACUUUCUAGUACCAUUGCUUGUAAGGAAUGCGGGCAUACUUCAGUAAUCCAUGAACCUUUUCUUGAUCUCUCACUUCCUGUUCCAUCAAAGAAGCCGCCGGCUAAGAAGCCACCACCACCUCCGCCGAGGAAGAGUAAGCCGCCCCUAAGAGAUAAGUAUAAGAACCGGAGGUUUAAAGAGAAGACGAGUUUGAGAGGGGAGAACAUCGCUUCGCCUUCAGAACCAGAGGCUGAUGCAGUGAACGUAGAGGAGCCUGCAGAGUGCAGUGGGUCGUGCGCGCCUGUACUAAAUUCAGAAGAAAAUGCAGGUGUCAUAGUAGAGGAUGAUUCGUGGUGGAUGGACUUUAUUGGACCCACUCCUGAGCCAGGUGUGGCCAAGUUGGAGCCUCAAACUGUUGGAGAAUGUACUGAUGAUGGGCAGGUUUCCCAAAAUCAGAAUAUUUUACAAGACAAUUUGGAAAAUCAGAUUGUGGAUUCCCCUAAGGAUGAAUUGGAAGGCGCUUUGAAAACUGCCAUCGACACUUGCCCUAAAGAACAAGCGGGUUCUCUAGAUUAUUGUGGGGAGAGUUUGAUUUCAGAUACGAUCUCUUCUUCAUGUGUCCAAGAUUCUGGUGUUAUCUUACUUCCUUAUAAGGAAUUAGAUCCCGCCAUGGAGGAAAUAGACGGAACAGCUUCGUCUUCGCAGAAUCUUCAAGUUUCGAUCCAAGCUGUUGCUUCAAAAGAAGAACCGGAUAUGCAGUCUUCAUUAAAUGUUAACAAUGAGCAAGCUGAAGUUGAAUUUGAUGGCUUUGGCGACAUGUUUAAUGAGCCUGAGGUUACUUCUGAACCCAAGACAGAAAACGGCCCAAGUGAUGAUAUGGAUAUCAUGUUCUGGAAUAGCAGUUCCAGUGAGUUAACGCAGGAUGAGGUGGAUGACAGUAGUGCUCCUGUUUCUGUCGAUAGUUGCUUGGCUUUAUUUACUAAACCCGAACUUCUCACUGACGAACAUGCAUGGCAUUGCGAGCACUGUUCGGAGGUUUCAUCAAGCAAUGUUUUGAAACGAAGAAAGCCCGCUAAACAGUCUAUGGAAAUUGUUGAUGAUUCAGAGUCCUUAAGUUUACAGGUUAAGGGUGAGAACUCUUCGGAUGUAGAAGAAUUAAACAAUGGAAAGAUUUCGUCAAUCUGCAAGAACAUAGAUAAACAGGUUGACACACUUGAUAAUUCAAAUGUGGAUGGAGAAUCGGAGAGCAAAAGAUGCAAUAGUCAAUGUAGUAUUGAGAACAAAUCAGAGUUGCUAAAGCCUGCAUUAAGUGAACAACCUCAGAGUUCUAAUUCCCAGAAGAAGGAGAAAGAUAUAAUGGAAAUAGGCCCAGAAAAAAGUACAACAGAUGAGACUUCAGAUAGUAAAGACAAUGAUUUGUGCAGUGUAGGCAAUCAGCAAGAUGCUGGUUGUGGUGAGGAUGCUUCAGAAGCUUCUUCUAGUAGCUUGAAGGAUGAUAUGGAAAUAAGGCAUUCGAGUGCUCGUGAGAACGAGAGUACCACUGUGAUUAAUAAAAUAGAGAAGAAGCAUUCCAAGCCGUCAAACAGAGCUCACUCCAUCCAAGACAGCAGGGGAAAGGGUAAAGUGUCGGAAGGGAGGAGGGUGAUGAGGGAUGCUAUGAAGAGAUUUCUUAUCUACAAGGCACCGCCUAUUUUAACCAUUCAUUUGAAGAGAUUUAGCCAGGAUGCUCGCGGCCGUUUGACUAAAUUGAGAGGUCAUGUCAACUUCCAAGAGAUGCUUGAUAUAAGGCAGUACAUGGACCCGAGAUGCAGGGAGAAGGAGAAGAGCAUUUAUCGGCUGGUCGGAGCGGUGCAGCACUCAGGUAGCAUGGGAGGAGGCCACUAUGUUGCUUACGUGAGAGGAGACAAAAUCCAAGGCAAAUCCCACAGAGCCGUCGGCUCGCCUUCGUGGUUUUAUGCUAGCGACGCUCAUGUCCGAGAGGUUUCUUUCUCUGAAGUCCUCAAGAGCGAGGCUUAUAUCCUCUUUUACGAAAGACUACAGGAUUAAAAAUUUAUUGCUCUUCAAUGCCAAAUCAGUUGCUGAGGGUUUGAUAGAAAGGAGAGGGAAUGGAGUUCAUUCUUCUUCUUUAAAAUUUUGAUUCCGAAGAGGGAGAUGAUUUGAGGGAGAAAUUACGGGAAAUACUCAUUUACGGAGUUUGAACACGAUCAUCGAAGAGAUGUUGCAGCUCUGUUGAAUGAUUGAUAGAUGAUCUCUUCUUUUCCUUAAGAGUUUUUAAGGAUCGAAACCGAUUCUAAUUGAAGACUUCGAUGUAAUUUGUUGUGAUGAGCCAUUUCUCCCCCCAUAUUUUGAUCGAUGGGGGUCGUCGAAUUAUGAAUUGAUAGGUAUUGGGAACUACACUUCUCAUUUCUUUGUUGAUUCAACAAACCACAAAUAAUUGACUUGUGGAUUGAGUUUUACAGGUAAAAAAGAUGGUGAUGUAUUUUGAGAUCAGAUCCAGAUUCAAAGGGCAGUGCAACCCUUUUAUUCAUG